AUGUACUGUCUUUCGAUGUUAGCUCGGGGGCACAUGCUGAAGGUUCCGUUUUGUGUAUAUAGCACUAAAUCGAUGAAUUUCUACCUCGAGGCCGCUAAGGUGCUUGAUUCGCUUGACGCAAGGAAGGGCUCUAUCAAGGGCUUGCUGGGCACCGUUGUCACAAAGGACAGGAAGAGAACUGCAGCUCUCGUCAUCGAAACGCUGAAAUUCAAAUCGGUCAUUACAGAGGUGAUUUCUCAAGCCAAGUUACUGAAGGAGGAGAACAAGAAGAUCAAGUCCCCAAAUCUCGCAUUGCUUCUCGUCCAUGACCUCCUGCUGGCCAAAGGUAUCCAAGCGGGGGAUGGGCCCAUAAAACAGGCAAUUCUUCGUCACAGGACCCGCCUCAAUGCAGAGCUUCAGAAGAUCAAGAUCAAGCGGGGCGUCAAGGACGCGAAGGAUCUUGCCGUUAGCGGCGAUCCGCGUGCUGAACAGAUACCUCGUUACGCACGCGUGAACACUCUACUAUGGAAUAGCUCCGAUGCUAUUGAAUAUUUCGUCGCCCGUGGCUUCGUGCUUUCAGGGCCGUUUGAAUCAGACACUGGCUUUGGAAGGGAUGCACACGUGCCGAAUUUACUGCAGUUUGCACCCCGAACCCUAUUUCACGAAGACGAUGCGUAUCUAUCUGGAAAGAUCAUCCUUCAGGACAAGGCCUCAUGCUUUCCCGCUAUUGUUCUGAACCCUCCCUCCACGGAGACAGCUACCGUCAUCGAUGCUACAUCAGCUCCUGGAAAUAAGACAUCCCACCUGUCCGCGCUCAUGGGUGGCAAAGGCACACUGUAUGCCUUCGAACGGGACUUCAAACGCUUUUCCACCCUCAAACAUAUGCUGUCGAGCGCUAGAUGUCAGAAUGUACAACCUGUCAACGCGGACUUCUUGACCGUCGACCCAUCGGAUACACGUUUUGCUGGAGCCACACAUAUUUUGCUGGAUCCUUCGUGCAGCGGCUCCGGAAUCGUAAAUCGGCUUGAUUAUCUCGUGGACACAGAUUCCGAAAACGAGGUAGAAACCAAUGAUCGCCUGAAUAAACUGGCCGCCUUUCAACUAUCGAUGAUUAAGCAUGCUAUGAAAUUUCCCGCUGUCCAGAGAAUCGUCUACUCAACUUGCAGCAUCCAUGCCUUAGAGAACGAACACGUUGUCAAAGAGGCGUUAGCAUCCGACGAAGCUGUUUCCAAUAAUUUUCAGCUCGCCCCAAAAGAGGACGUUCUUCCAACCUGGCCUCGUCGAGGUCUCCCAAGCGAGAUGAAUGCUCCAGAAUCUGCCGAGUCACUGAUUCGGUGUUCACCUGGCGAAGAUGGGACCAACGGCUUCUUCGUGUCAUGCUUCGUCAAGAGGACAAAGGACCCGAUGAAGAAAAGGAAAAACCCAAGCUCCGAGGACCCGCCACGGAAGAAGAAACAUAAGCAGAAACGAUAA